CUCGUCGAUUACAAACAGAUGCGAGUGCAGUAACUGUUGAAUUAACAUUCUUUAACUAAAAAGAAAUCAUGAUUCUAAGAUCAACAAAGCAACCUUUCAACAUUCUUAAAUUAGCAUCAUUUCAUUCUCACUUAAAUCCUCAAAUCCCUCCAGACGUCUCCAAAUUCGACCCUCUCAGACUGCAACACCACCCGUUCGACAGAAGUCCCCAAAAAGAUGUGGCGGAAUACAACCACCUGCUUUUUGGGUACUCUCGUGAUAACCUCAACCAUCAGGCACUUAAUCUCUUUCUGGGUAUUCAUCGUUCGGGUUUACCUGUUGAUGGGUCCACCCUGUCUUGCGUGUUGAAGGUUUGUGGAUGUUUGUUUGACCAUGUUACUGGUAGACAAGUGCACUCUGAGUGUGUUAAGUCUGGUCUUUUGGAGGAUGUUAGUGUAGGUACUUCCCUCGUAGAUAUGUAUAUGAAGACGGAUCAUGUUGAAGAUGGAAGGAGAGUUUUUGAUGAGAUGAAUGAGAGGAAUGUGAUAUCUUGGACUUCGUUGUUAACAGGUUAUGCGUGCAAUGGAAUGAAUGGGAGUGUGCUAGAGUUGUUUCUUAGAAUGCGGGUUGAGGGUAUAAAGCCUAAUCCGUUUACCUUUGCGACUGUUCUUGGAGCUUUAGCAGAUGAGGGGAUGGUUGAGAAAGGAGUUCAAGUUCAUACCACUGUUAUAAAGAAUGGAUUUGAAGCGGUUACCUCUGUCUGCAAUGCUUUGAUUAGUAUGUACUUUAAGUCAAAGAUGGUUAGAUAUGCUAAGCUUGUUUUUGAUGAUAUGGUGGUUAGGGAUUCGGUUACUUGGAAUUGUAUGGUUGCAGGUUACAUUACUAAUGGGCUUGAUAUGGAAGCUUUUAAAAUAUUUCACCAUAUGGGGCUUGCAGGUGCAAACCUGACUCAGUCAACUUUUGCCUCUGUUAUUAAGUUAUGUGCUAAUCUUAAGAAAUUGGCAUUCUUGCAGCAGCUUCAUUCUCAGGUCUUGAAGAAUGGGAUUGGAUUUAAUCACAACAUUAGAACAGUACUCAUGGUUGCUUACAGUAAGUGCAGUGAAAUGGAAUAUGCCAGUAAAAUAUUCUCAGCGAUGCAUGAAACUAGAAAUGUGGUCUCAUGGACUGCCAUGAUUACUGGCUAUUUGCAGAAUGGUGGAACUGAACAAGCUGUGAACUUUUUUCGCCAAAUGAACAGUGAAGGUGUCAGACCAAACCAUUUUACUUAUUCUGUAAUUCUGACAGCUCAGCCUGUUGUUUCACCUUUUCAAGUACAUGCACAAGUCAUCAAAACUAAUUAUGAGAAAUCAUCUUCUGUUGGAACUGCCCUUUUAGAUGCUUAUGUUAAGUUAGGAAACAUCAAUGAAGCUGCAAAAGUUUUUGAACUAAUUGAUGAGAAGGACAUUGUGGCAUGGUCAGCCAUGCUAGCUGGAUAUGCUCAAAUAGGAGACACUGAAGGAGCUGUUAAUCUAUUCAAAAAUAUUGCAACUGAAGUAGUUAAACCUAAUGAGUUUACCUUUUCUAGUGUCAUAAAUGCCUGUGCUGCACCUAUAGCAGCAGUGGAACAGGGGAAGCAAUUUCAUGCGUACUCAAUCAAAUCAAGGCUGAAUAAUGCUUUAUGUGUCAGUAGUGCUCUUGUUACCAUGUAUGCAAAGAAGGGGAAUAUUGAGAGUGCAAAUGAAGUUUUCAAGAGGCAAGGCGAGAGAGACUUGGUGUCAUGGAACUCAAUGAUUUCCGGAUAUGCUCAGCAUGGUGAUGGGAAGAAGGCUCUUGAGGUAUUUAGGGAAAUGCAACGACAGAACUUGGAAAUGGAUGGUAUAACAUUCAUUGGUGUCAUUACUGCCUGCACUCAUGCUGGACUUGUGGAUGAAGGUCAACUAUAUUUCGAUAUCAUGGUAAAAGAUCACCGCAUUAAUCUGACAAUGGAGCACUAUUCUUGCAUGGUUGAUCUAUAUAGCCGAGCUGGAAUGCUUGAAAAAGCCUUGAAUAUCAUCAACACAAUGCCAUUUGCUGCAGGCGCAACUGUGUGGCGAACUAUCUUGGCUGCUUCCUGUGUUCACCGUAAUUUAGAUCUGGGAAAACUUGCUGGGGAAAAGCUCAUUUCACUUCAGCCAGAAGACUCAGCAGCAUAUGUAUUGCUCUCCAAUUUGUAUGCUGCAGCAGGACAUUGGCAGGAGAGAGCUAAAACGAGGAAAUUAAUGGAUGACAGAAAAGUGAAAAAAGAAGCUGGUUACAGCUGGAUUGAGGUAAAGAACAAAACCUACUCAUUCUUGGCUGGUGAUCUUUCACAUCCAAUGUCGGGUCGAAUUUAUUCUAAACUUGAGGAGUUAAGUACCCGAUUAAAGGAUGCAGGUUAUCAGCCUGAUUUAAAUUAUGUGCUUCAGGACAUUGAUGAUGAACACAAAGAAGCCAUUCUUUCUCAACACAGCGAGAGGUUGGCCAUUGCUUUUGGAUUGGUUACCACCCCUGCAGGGGUUCCUUUACAGAUUGUUAAGAACCUUAGAGUCUGUGGAGACUGUCAUAAUGUCAUUAAGUUAAUAUCAAAUAUUGAAGGGAGAGAGAUUGUUGUUAGAGAUACAAACCGAUUUCACCACUUUAAGGAAGGUUUUUGCUCUUGUGGGGACUAUUGGUGACAGUCUAGCAGUCGUGGAAUGAUUCUUGUCUGUCAAAGGAGUACUUCCAUGUACUGCAUACUACUUAUCAUUUGGAAGAGAUGCAAAGAGGGUUACACAAUUUAAAUCAGGUAUUUGCCAAUUUAAUUAGCAAAGGUUCAUCAAGAAGCUUGAUGGAUAGUCAGGAUCUGAUAUCAUAGUCAGUAUAAACUUGUUUGUUGUUCAUUCCAAGAAGAAGAUGUAUUGAAAUUGGAUAACAUCAAAUUAUAAAGUUUGAUUACAUCAGUGGAAAGCUGCCAAGGUUUUGUAGGUCUUAACUGCUGCCAAAGGGACCUUGACUCACAUUGAUUGGUUGAUAAAUUGUCACAAUGGAUGAUUUCUUCCAAGUUUCAUCAAACACAUGCUGCUUCAGAGGCAUUUGUGGAUUAAUAUCGUAAAUGCGGAAGUUUUCUGUUUGAUUCUUCUGUGGGAAAGAACAUUCAAAGCAAGAGGACUCCUGACUCUAUGGAUGCCAUUGCUCCAUGUCAAAUCACCAAACACAAAACUUCCAUCAGUUUUCUCAAAAGACAUUAUGGCUGCUGGGCUCCAAGAAGUUGCUACUGGAGACCAUGCGGCCAAGAUAUUCAGUCCAGGUCCAGUAACAUCUGGCUGUAAUUGCAUUGUAAAUAGUAAGCUGUAGAAGAUACCUUGCAUUCGCUGCUGGAACUCCCGGGGCAGCUGCAGCACUCCCAGCUAUUAAACCAUAAAAAGUUCCCAUUUGCAAAGGAUUUAAAGAAAAGCCCUGAAAGCACAGAAGUUCCUAGUUUUUUAACCUUUUUUCAGCAGUAACUUUUCCCCUUUAAAGAGAAGGGGGUGAGUAGAGGAGGCAGGUAGUGUGGAAUAUAUUAGAAAAGAUUACCUUCAAAAUUUUUGAAUUUCCAAGAUAUAUAUUUGUGUUAAAUUGCCUGUCAACGGAGCUUGCAGCGACAGUGAGGAUCCAGGGAGCAACAUUGGUUGCAGUUUUUGGGAAAAAAGAGUUUCCAGCUGAAGCAGAAAUGAGAAUUCCUUCCUGGAAUGCAUGGAAAGCUCCAACUGAUAUUGCAUUUUCAAAGUAACUGGGUUCGGGAGGAACAGGGCCGAGGGAAAGUGAUAAGAUAUCAACGCCAUCAUUAAUUGCAUCAUCCAUGGCAGAAAGAAUAUCAGCAUCACUACAUAGGUUAAACCAACAAGCCUUGUAAAUGGCCAGUCUCGCAUUUGGUGCACCACCUCUUGCAAUUCCUCUAGCCAUACCAAAUAAACUGACGUUUCGUAUCAUAUGUCCAGCUAUGGUUGAGGCAGUGUGGGUUCCAUGCCCAUCACUGUCCCGAGGUGAACGGAAAAAGAUGCUGUUGGAAGAUUCAAGAGGACCAUUUUCUGCUUCAAACGCUUUCGAAUAGAACCGUGCACCUAUAAUUUUCCUGAAAUUUCCAUUUGAAGCGACAUUUUGGAUUCUUGGUUAGCUUGCAUUCAUUGUGUAUGUUGAGUGCAUAUGAUCAUGUCUUUAGUGUGGUGAAAUCCACAAAGAAGUUUCACUAGAAAGUAUUGACCACUUAAUAAUUUACUUUAUUUAUUUAUUGCUCGAUAAAAUGCUAGGUACCUGUUGCAGUUGGUCAAUGUAAAAUUGUCUCCAGGAACGCAUUGUCCCUUGAAUUUUUCGGGCACAGGACCUAAUUCGUUGUCAUUGAAGCUCUCCGACUCAGGCCAAACUCCUGCAAAAUAAAGUAAGUGUAGAUGAUGUAACUACAGUGUUAUGAUGGCAUAGCAAGGAAGACAAGAUCAGAACUAUAUGAAGAAUUACCGGAGUCGAUGACACCAAUAACAACGUCAGAUUUCAAGUUCAUAGGUAAUUGAUUAUAUUGGUUAAUGGAGUCUAUGUCUAAGAAGUCCCAUGAACGUGUGGUGUGAACUGGGUUCAUUCGGCUCUCGAAUACAGAAACAACUGCGUCUUUUUCUGCAAAAAAGAAGUGAUACAAAUUAGAGAAUGUAUACCACAUCUAUGCUAUGUAUUGCAUUCAUUUGUCUUUUGAACCUGUAAUAUUUCCUCGAAGAUUUCAGCUCUCUUUGUUCAAAUUUGUAAUAUGGGAUCAUGAAACUGUA